UCAAAGGAAGAGGACACAGAUGUAAUUACGGCAUUUCAUCUCGGAAAUUUUGGUCAUUUCACUCACUCCACUCCUUCCUACUCAAACACCAUCAUUUCUCUCCACUCCUCAGUCUCUCUGCAACUGGCUUCCCCCCAAUCGCCACUGUCUCUCUCUUUUUUUCUUCAUAGCUAAAAUAAAAAAUUAAUUAAUAGAAUAAAUAGAAAGAAAGGAGGAAAAAUGGGUUCUCGCGUUCAGUCUCAUCAGCUAAGCAAUGGGCUGUUCGUGUCGGGCAGGCCGGAGCAGCUGAAAGAAAGGCAACCGACAAUGUCGUCACGGGCGGUACCGUACACAGGCGGUGACGUUAAGAAAUCAGGAGAGCUGGGGAAAAUGUUCGAUAUCCCAGUGCUUGAUCAUUCCUCAUCCAUUGGUCCUCCUUCAAAUCCCAACUCAAACCCCAACUCCAAGCAGCAGCAACAACUUCUGCAACCUUCACGUGCUUCCUCUUCACAGCCCAACAGCGGAUCCUUGCGGUCUGGGUCCAACUCAGGUCCGAUCAGGAAAUCCUCCGGGCCCAUGCCGCUUCAGCCCACUGGGCUCAUCACUUCAGGUCCCCUCAGCUCCGGUCCCAGGAGGUCAGGGCAGCUCGGCCAGGCGGAGCAAGCGGGUGCUGUGUCGGGGAAAGCAGGGUACGGGCCGGGGGUGACGAGUCUCGGGGAAGGGGUGAAGUUUGGGUUUAGCGUGUCGAAGGCAGUGAUUUGGGUGGUGAUGGUGGUGGUAGCGAUGGGUUUGUUGAUGGGGGCGUUUCUGAUGGUUGCCAUCAAGAAGGUGGUGGUUCUUGGGGCCGUGGGUGCUUUGGUGGCGCCAAUGGGGUUGGGAUUAAUUUGGAAUUGUAUUUGGGGAAGGAAAGGAUUGUUGGGGUUCGUGAGGGGGUACCCAGAUGCUGAGCUCAGAGGUGCUGUUGAUGGCCAAUAUGUGAAAGUUACAGGGGUUGUGACAUGUGGCAGCAUUCCUUUGGAGUCAUCUUACCAGAGGGUGCCCAGAUGUGUAUAUGUUUCCACAGAAUUGUACAAGUAUAAAGGAUGGGGUGGAAAAUCUUCAGACCCUAAACACCGUUGCUUCUCAUGGGGAUGUGGACAUUCUGAGAAAUAUGUUGCUGAUUUCUACAUAUCAGACUUCCAAUCCGGAUUAAGAGCACUAGUCAAAGCUGGCUAUGGAGCUAAGGUUGCUCCAUUUGUCAAACCAGUUACUGUAGUUGAUAUAACAAAGGAAAACAGGGACUUGUCUCCAAGCUUUUUACGCUGGCUGGCAGAGCACAAUCUCUCUAGUGAUGAUCAAAUAAUGCGCCUAAAGGAGGGUUACAUAAAAGAAGGGAGCACUGUAAGUGUGAUGGGGGUUGUCCGACGCCAUGAUAAUGUACUCAUGAUUGUUCCACCAUCAGAACCUAUCUCAACAGGCUGUCAAUGGAGCCGUUGCCUCCUGCCAACAUAUGUUGAAGGUCUUGUUUUGACAUGUGAUGAUAAUCAGAACGCUGAUGUUGUCCCUGUGUAGAUACGUCGCAUUUCAUAUUAGUUUCUGUUUGCAACUGGAUGUCACAAGUAAAUGCUGUUAAAGAUGGAAUUGCUACAUUUCUGUCCUCCUUUUCCUGCUAAUCAAGUGCAUGCAAAUGAGGUAGAAGAGACAUAACACUGAGGAAGACUACAAUCACAUAAUAAUCAAGGAUAAUCUACUCCUAAAUCAACAUGUCUUGGCAUUGAGUUCCAAUGAGGGAAGAAAAUUUUUCUUUUGCAUGAAGGUAGAAUAUGUUGUAUUGUGAAGAUCCACGAGUUUGAGUUAAUGUAUAUAAGUUCAAAAGGAGCCCUAACGGGUUCAAAAAUGGUUGGUUUCUUUAGACAAGGUAAAGUUUAGCCUGUGUAAAAGUAUUUUUGUUCAAGUUUUUACAUAUUUUGCAGUUGAUCAUGCCCAAUGUUGAUAAAUUACAUAGUAUAUAUGCCAAUAUUAUAACAGAUACGAAAGUUAUCCUGCUGUUUAUGGUAUAUUUGCUAAUGUCAUUCGAUGCUAUUCCUCCUACUGAUUAGACAUAAUGUAUAAACUGCUUCUCCCUGGCCUUCCCCCUUUUAAGUUUUAUUACUCUGAGGAUGCAAAUAGUUAUUGAAACUGAGGCAAUUCUAAAUGUUUUACAAGAAGGACAAUGGAUUGCGGGCCUUGGUAUCCCAUAACAUUCAAAUACGACUCUGCAAAUGAAUUCCAAGGUUCUGGGUUCAAAUGGACUGUUUACCGAACUGCCUGAGUAAGAGAAUGCUGUGCGAGUUACAUUGAACUUUAUUUUUACUUCAUU